AUGUCUGAGGGAAAGGAGGAUUUUCACAGCGUUGAGGAGCAUUUCCAGGAACGAGGGCCAACUGUCACGUUCAGCAACUUGCACUACUGUGUCCAGGAGAUGAGAUUCUGCCGCAAGAUAGGUCCUGAAAAAUACAUCCUCAAAGAUGUGAGUGGCAUCAUGAGACCUGGGAUGAAUGCUAUCAUGGGUGCGACAGGAAGUGGUAAAACAUCACUUCUGGAUGUAAUAGCAGGAAGAAAAAACCCUGCCGGACUGCGUCAAGGAAGCGUCUUGGUGGAUGGAAAACCCGUCACGUCUGAACUCCGGCUCUGCUCUGCCUAUGUGGUCCAGGAUGACAUCCUGAUGGGCACUCUGAGUGUGAAGGAGAAUCUGUUGUUCAGUGCAAACCUCCGUCUCAACCCAAAGCACCACUCCACCACGGAUAAAUACAGCAGAGUAAACACCAUAAUACAAGACCUGGGCCUGACAGACUGUGCAAACACUAAGAUCGGGACCGAGUUUAUUCGCGGUAUAUCAGGAGGUGAGAAGAAGAGGUGCAGCAUCGGGAUGGAGCUCAUCACUUCUCCUUCUCUGCUGUUUCUGGAUGAACCGACCACAGGACUGGAUUCCAACACUGCAAACUGUAUCAUCAGUCUGCUGCACAAGCUGUCCAGGAGAGGUAAGACUGUGAUCUUCUCCAUCCACCAGCCACGCUUCUCCAUCUUCAGGCAGUUUGACCACUUGACUCUGAUGCAUAAAGGGGAGGUGGUGUAUGCAGGAGCAACAGAUCACGCACUGGACUACUUCACAGACCUUGGUUAUCAAAUUGAGGCCUUCAACAAUCCUGCCGAUUUCUUCAUGGACGUCACAAAUGGAGAGGCAGUCUCCACAUCACAGUCACUCACUGCAGAUGAUAGUAAAAACCCAUUGGCAGGAAAAUAUCGCCAGUCCCAACUCUGCCAGACGGUUCUUCAGGAGCUGGACCACGUAAAUCAGAGCAUGGGUGACGGGGUCAAAGGUCAAGAGGAGGUUCUCACCUACGUUACGUCUUUUCUCUAUCAGAUGCGUGUGGUGUGUGGCAGGACGGUCAUGAACAGUCUAAGGAACCCUCAGACUUCUUAUGCCCAGUUUGCCCUAAACAUCUUUUUUGCGAUUCUGGUGGGACUCAUUUAUUACCAAAUGCCUCUGACGCUGCCUGAGGGUUUACAGAACAGGAGUGGAGCGUUCUUCUUCCUUAUCAUCAACAUGGUGUUUGGGAACCUCUCCGCUGUCGAGCUCUUUAUCAAUGAGAGGGCGAUCUUCAUUCACGAGAACUCCAGUGGCUAUUAUCGUACCUCUGUCUACUUCCUGUCUAAGAUCUUUGCUGAUCUUGUCCCCAACCGCAUCAUCCCCAUCUUUGCGUUUUCAGCCAUCGCCUACUAUAUGAUGGGGUUGAAACCUGCCUUCGUGUCCUUCCUGUGUUUCGCUCUGACCAUGUCUCUGGUCAGUCUGGCAGGAGUCAGCCUUGCUUUCCUCAUCUCAGCAAGUGUUUCCUCCUUUGCCAUGGCUAACAUCCUGAUUGCUCUACCCUUUGUCUUCAUGAUGGUUUUCGGUGGGUUCCUUGUCAAUCUCAACGCCAUGCUGAGCUGGCUGUCCUGGCUGAAAUGGCUCAGUAUCUUCAGAUACGGAUUGAAUGCUGCGUUCAUCAUCGAAUUGAAAGGACAGCUGUUCUACAACAACCAAACCAUCAUCCCAGGCGAGGUGUUCCUGAAAAGCCAGGACAUCGACUACUCUGUGUGGGGCUUCUGGCAGAACCAGGUGGCUCUGCUGGGAAUCGUCACUGUCUGUAUGUUUCUGGCCUACGUGCAGCUGCGACGCAUCAACCGCUGGAAAUGAAACCGGCGUCCAACUGUUGAAAUGUAUCCGUCAACCAUGCACUACGUCUUUUUUCUAUUUAUUAAG